GCGCGGCGUGUGGCGAUGGCGGCGGUUGGCGGUUGGAGCGAAGCGGGGCGCAGGUGGAGGAGUCUGUUCAGCAGCGCGCGGCUGGGGCCCCGGAGUCGGAAGACGGACGCGGCGGGCCGGGGGAAGGAGGGAGCCUGGGAGUUUCCAUCCCUUCUUCCCCGGUGCCCCAGGGGCUGCGUCGACCCCCUUCCCCACCGCGGCGGCGUCCGCUGUCCGCGCCGCGACUGGGGCAGCCGCCGAGUUAGGAGAGCGGGGAGGAGACUGGGUGACGGUUUGUGCCUCGGGGCGGGUUCGGCAGCCUCCGCGGCAUGAAGGGACACACGGGGACUCUGCCGCGUGCAGCCCCCGCGGAGCCGAGCGGGAGCAGCAGUUCUUACUACUUUAAGGGGGAAAAAUGAUUAGAGACUUGGUGGUGCUCUCAAAAACAUGAUAAAUGAAUCCUGGGUUUCAUGGAGGAAGGAAGUACUAAUGCAUUAGAAGAUGGAGCCAUCCAUACAGCAAAUGGUACGUGAACAAUACACCACAACAACACAAGGCACCAGCCUAGAGAGGCCAGAAAACCAAUAUGUCUACAACAUUGGCAUUUAUGGCUGGAGAAAGCGUUGCCUCUACCUGUUUGUCCUCCUCCUGCUUAUCGUCCUAGUUGUGAAUUUUGCUUUGACAAUUUGGAUUCUUAAAGUGAUGUGGUUUUCUACACUGAAAAUGUUUCUCCUUCGCAGAGGCUAGCGAAGAUUAGAAGGAGAAAAAAAAAACACUUGGGAUGACAUGUUCUCGGAGCUACCAGGAGCACUGACAGCUUUUUUGCUGCUCUAGGCGGCGGAAGGUCCCGCCCCCGAAAUACCACCAAUGACCGGGGAGGCUGAAGAUCCGGCCGCCGUGGUCGCUGCCCCCAAAAUGUUAGCGCCCUAGGCGACCAC